GAUGACAGUGAUGGGCAUGUACCUCAUGUUUUAGCCCCGGGGUACCAUGGCCCUAAUAGACGAUGUUUAUUGUGGGCAUGCAAGGCUUGUAAGAAAAAGACUGUAACGAUCGAUCGUCGUAAGGCAGCGACCAUGAGGGAACGCCGUCGGUUACGGAGAGUUAACGAAGCGUUUGAAGUUUUAAAAAGACGUACGUGUCCCAAUCCGAAUCAGAGACUACCCAAAGUUGAAAUUUUACGAAAUGCUAUAGACUAUAUUGAAAGUUUGGAAGACUUAUUA